UGUACUUUACAAUCACUUCUCCCCCAAGAACGGUAACUUCGUCCAGAAUCACAGGAUGAGUAAAUCGGAGCCUCCAGUUCCAGGGAAUAACAGGAAAGCUGUAGCAUUACAACGAUGGAGAAUCUUAAGACAGGCAUUGAAAGGCAGCAGUUCAUCAGAGACGUGUACAAGUGAUGUCUCAGUCCGGCGAUUUGCUGGUUAUGGUCUACUGAAGACGGAGAAGUUGUCCGUGACACCCGAGGGUAGUGUGUGGUACAGAUACACAGCCCCUAACCAGCCCGGGUUCAGCAUGGCAGUCAGGCACCUGCCAGGGACUAUAGAUGCCAGUACACUGUUGGGGUUCAACAAUACUGGCAAUGUUUGUGUGUGGCCAGCAGAGGAAGUCAUGACUGAUUACUGCCUGAAAAACUCAGAACAAUUCAGGGACUGUUCGGUUUGUGAGCUGGGAGGAGGUAUGACCUGCUUGGCUGGAGUUGCAUUGGCCAUUGUUUCCAAAGCAACCAGCAUACUACUAAGUGAUGGUAAUGAAGAAUCUGUCCACAAUCUAAAUGUUAUACUGGAUCAUGAAGAGAACCAGUCAAAGUUUGGCAACACAAGUGUCUCGUCAAGACUUAUUCGCUGGGGUAGUGAUACCAAGCAUGAGGAUCUAGAGAAGAAAUUUGACUUUGUCUUAUGUGCUGACUGUCUGUUCUUUGAUGAAGGCAGGAAUGAUCUAGCAGAUUUAAUUUUUGACAUUCUUAAACCUGGUGGUAUGGCCAUUUUAUAUGCCCCACGUCGAGGCUCUACUUUCCAGGCAUUCAGAGAUGUAGCUCAGAAACGAUUCGAGGUGGACGUCAAAGAAAUGUACAGCUCAGAGAUCUGGGAUCUCCACUGUAAG